UGUCCAAUUCGAAGUACAGCGUACAUAACAUUUUAGGCACAAGGUCGCUUAACAGCACAGGCGGGUAUCUGUGUACUCAGACACGGAAAAUAAGUGUGAAAGUGAUGACUGUGUAACUCCAGAAACUUUGGUAGCUGGAAAAGUUUGUUAAAACGGAGAAGGUUAGCUAGGGUCGUGUGCUAAAAAACACAUAAAGCUAAGUUGUGUGCUGUUUAAAUGACAGGACUAUGUACUAGCACCACUGUUACAUUUAACUUUAUCAACUGAGCGUGGCUGUCAUGUCAGCCUCCCCAGCCAGCUCAUCCCCGCAGCGGGUUAAACCCAGUGGCUCCCCCACAGCCUCCUCUUCCUGUAGCAGCAACACCACCGCGGUCCGGUUGCAGCCUAUCCGCGCCACGGUGCCGUACCAGCUUUUGCGUGGAAAUCAGCACAGCCCAACCCGCUCUGCUUCCUGCUGCUUCUUAGUAGCCGGGAGCAACACAGGACCGACAACGUCCCGUUGCUCCAGUCCCGCCAACCCGGGUGGAAGCGGCUGUGACAGCAGGCUGGUCCCCAGGCAGAGCCUUUCUCCGCCGGACAGCAGGAGCUCACCAGAACGCUCUGCCUACUCGCCUGUUUCCAAAGUUAGAAGGACAAAAUCUCAGCAGGUGCGGAGCUUGGGGGCCAUUUGGCGGUCUCCCUCCCAGGGCACCCUUACCGGACCCUACCUCACUGGGCAGUGGCCUCGUGACACCCAUGUGCAAUACCCAUCUUGUAUGAAAGAUAAAUCCACACAGACUCCUGGAUGUUGGAGUGAGGAAACGAGAGAGAAGAGGAGCACCCACCAGCGCUCUGCGUCCUGGGGCAGCGCCGACCAGCUCAAAGAGAUUGCGAAGCUCCGGCAUCAGCUCCAUCGCAGUAAACAAGGGGGACGCCACAGUAAAGACAAGGAGCAACUGUCCCCCCUGCAGUGCAACACCAUCACCUACACCGCCCUCACCAGCACUACCAACCACACCUCUACAGCCAGCCACGUUCAGUUUUCCAUGUCGAAGUCCGCCCAGAUGCCGCUGUCCAACAUCACAGUGCCAAAGCCUUCCAUCUCCAGGGUGCCCAGCAGCAUGGAGGGCAUCAACCACGAGCUGGAGAAGGUCUUCAUCAAAGACAACGGAGAGAAGGAGGAGCUCAAGUCUGUCUCCUGUCGGACUCUGCAGUCCCUGGAGGUUCCCGAUGGGCGGCGGGCACCCUUCCCUCCCCAGCAGCGCAGCAGCAGCACCCGCAGCGUGGACACCCAGACCCCCUCAGCCCCGGGCCGGUCCAGCAGCUGCUCCAGUCUGUCGCCCUGCCCCUCCCCGGCCUGCCCGCCAGGAUCACACGACGGCAGUCCUUACUCCACAGAGGAUCUACUGUACGACCGGGAUAAAGACAGUGGAAGCAGCUCGCCGCUGCCUAAGUUUGCCUCUUCGCCCAAACCCAACAACAGCUACAUGUUCAAGCGAGAGCCGCCAGAGGGCUGUGAGAAGAUUAAAGCUUUCGAGGAGAUGAGCUCAAGGCAGUCCACGACGGCGUCGGUCCCCCUCUUCUCCUGCCCCGACAAAAACAAAGUCAACUUCAUCCCGACGGGCUCGGCCUUCUGCCCCGUCAAACUCCCCGCCUCCCUGCACCUCAUCCCGGCCUCGGAGCCAGAGGAGGACGAGGACAACGCGGAGGCGGCCUCCAGCUCGGAUACCCAAGGGGCCACAUCGCUCUACGGGGCCUCCACUCAGGUCUCGGCGAGCACCAGCACAGACGACCCCCCGGAGCAGCCCGGCUGGCCCUCAGAGACUGCAGAGCCCCAGACAGACAGCCCGGCCAUCAGCUAGACCUGAGCAGAGCUGGCCUCUGACUCCGGGGAGCCACACAUGCGACCGCCAACCAUCACCACUGUCCCACCAACACCUCCCUCUGCUCUGCCAGGGGGGGCCUCCGUCUCUCUGUGCUGACCCCCCUCCCCCCCUUCUAUCUCUGCAUGACGUAGCAACAAUGUCCCGAAUAACCGCAGCCUCGCCACAAAGACUCGCCACCUUAAUGUUCUGUCCUGUGUUAUGUCUGAGCUGGUGCAGAUGGUUACAGGUUAUCAUAUGCAGGCAUCGAAGAUACGGAGCGCGAUGGAUGGGGGGGGGGCAUGCGUUUUAAACUGGUAGUAUGUUUCUGAUUAAAUUAUGUGUUGUGUUCUGUUUCAACAUUCACAGUACGAAUAAGCUCUCUAAACAUAUAUCCACAUAUAUAUCUCUAUGAAAAGAAAGAAAAAUGCUUGUUUUAAAAACAAAGAAAAUGCAAAAAAAAACCUGUAUUGCCGUGUUAUGUAUGUAACAGGGAAAACAGCUGUACUAUUCAGGAUUCUGUUUACACUAUCCAGGUCACAUAGUUAAACCCUGUCUAAAAAAUGCUAAUAGAAAAAUCAUUUGGGCAAAGAGAAAAGACAAAAUGGCCUCAAAUUGGUUGCACAGUGUCUGCAUUUGGCCUCGCUUCAGGUAUUUCACAAUCAGAGUCUAUACUCAGGUAAUUUGGAAUGUAUGUCCAUACAAAUAUCUGCAGAACAGA